CGUCCUGUCUUCGAUCUGGUCCACUGGUGGCACGAAGACGAGCCCGGGAAGCCGGAGGAGAGUCUGCUCUGGCCCGUGUCCAAGACGCCGAUGGGCCAAACGACCAUACCACUCCCUCUCGACUCUGUGUGCGGUCAGACGACACGAGUUUGGCCCGUCGGAAAUGUCAAACCGAAACUGAGGAUUGUCUCUAUCACGCGUCUCUUCGGCUCGUCCGAUGAGACGACAGGCGACCAGCAGGCGCCACGCCUCUGCUUGUCGGUCGGGUCUAGCGGACUCGAACUCAGCCACCGUGCAUUCAUCUGCCAGUCGGUUCAGAAAGUUAUCCGACUUACGCAGUUCGUGGUACAGCUCGCCCACACUUGCUUCACUGUACGUCAGCCCCAGCGGCAGGGUCUCGAUUGUGUGACGCCUGUUUUGGCUCUAACAUCCAGACUGUCUCCAUCGCCAAGGGCUGUUGCUGUGGAACCAAGUUGCGAGGCUCCAGUCCGUCUAUGCAAGCCCCAUUGGGCACAUAUGUCUUUCUGUACAUACGUGUAG